GGUUUAAUCGGAGACAGACAGAGAUCCCAUUGUUCGCAAUCAAUAUAUAUAAAAAAAGAGGCAGCCGGGGCUUUGGAGUGGGGGGGCCCAAGAAUUAGAUGCGGGAAGAUUCGGAACCUGCGUUCAGACGUACAUCUUGCAAUAGGAGGAUUGCAACCAGUCGGUAUUUCUGAUUGAAAGCGGGAGGGGAAAAAAAAGACGACGACUUUGCGACCCAAGAAAGCUAAAGCAGGACGAUCCGGGGCGGUUGAAGGCGGGCGGCCAGGAUGCCCAGGCGGAAAGCGACGGCAGCUUCCUCGGCCACCUGGGACGGUGCCGGCAACGGGACUGGAGGCACGCGCAAGCGGUCCGCCCUGCCUCGCGGGGGCCCCCCUCCGGGGAAGAAGAAGGCCCGGGACGGAGGGGGCAGCGGUAGCAGCAACGGGGGUGGCGGCAGUAGCGGGGACGAGCAGGACGGGCUGGCGCUGCCGCCUUUCCCCGUGGCGGCUGGAGGGGGCAAGAAGUCAGGCCGGGCAGGAGGAGGACGGGGCGCUGGGGAGCAGCCCGCCCAAAACCAGGAGUCUCCGCACGCCGCCGUGGUGGUCAGCGAGCCGGAGCACAGCAAGGAGCGCAUUAAGCUUGAAGGAUCCAAGUUCAAAGGGCAGCUUCUGAUAUUUGGAGCCACCAACUGGGACUUGAUUGGCCGUAAGGAAGUGCCUAAGCAGCAAGCCGCCUACAGGAACCUGGGCCAGAACUUGUGGGGGCCCCACAGGUAUGGCUCCCUCUCGGGGGUCCAAGUCCGGACGGUGGUCUCGGGGCCGUGCGCCGCUCACAGCCUGCUCAUCACCACCGAGGGGAAGCUUUGGAGCUGGGGACGUAACGACAAAGGGCAGCUGGGCCACGGAGACACCAAGCGCGUGGAUGCCCCAAAGGCCAUCGAAGUGCUCAGCAGCGAAACCAUCGUCUCGGCAGCCUGCGGCCGCAACCACACACUAGCCCUGACAGAGAGCGGUUCUGUGUUUGCCUUUGGAGAGAACAAGAUGGGUCAGCUGGGCCUGGGGAAUCAGACAGACGCCGUUCCCAGCCCCACACAGAUCAUGUACAACGGGCAGCCGAUUACAAAGGUGGCGUGUGGGGCUGAGUUCAGCAUGGCAAUGGAUUGCAAAGGGAACUUGUAUUCUUUUGGUUGCCCCGAAUACGGACAGCUGGGGCACAAUUCGGAUGGGAAGUUCAUUGCCCGAGCCCAGAGGAUAGAAUAUGACUGCGAGCUGGUUCCCCGCCGCGUCGCCAUCUUCAUCGAGAAGACAAAAGAUGGCCAGAUCCUGCCUGUGCCAAACGUUGUGGUGAGGGAUGUUGCCUGCGGGGCAAACCAUACGCUCGUCUUGGACUCUCAGAAACGCGUCUUCUCCUGGGGUUUCGGGGGCUACGGCCGCCUGGGCCAUGCUGAGCAGAGGGACGAGAUGGUGCCCCGGCUGGUGAAGCUUUUCGACUUCCCCGGCCGUGGGGCGGCGCAGAUCUACGCAGGCUACACUUGCUCCUUCGCCGUUAGCGAAACAGGAGGCCUGUUUUUCUGGGGAGCCACAAACACCUCCCGGGAGUCCACAAUGUAUCCCAAAACUGUGCAGGAUCUAUGUGGCUGGAAAAUCCGCAGUCUGGCUUGUGGGUAAGAAGUUGUGAUUUUAUACGAGAGAGAAAAGAGGUGCCUUUAAAAAAAGAAGAAGCUGUUUCACCCAGCUCCCCCCCAAAAAAAAAAAACUCCAGGGUUUUCUAACAGGACUGACCAUCUGUGUUCACCAUGCAACGAAAUUCUCUUCAGGGCUAGAAACUUGAGAAGUUUCACUUUGACCCCAAUAGCUUAAGUGCCCUCAAGCCCUCUCCUUUUCUCCAUUUAUAAUUUCCCUCCCUCUCUUCUUCUGUUGAUAUGCGGAAAGGGGCAUAGAGCCGCCUUUCUAAUGGCCGCUAAUGGAAGCUGUUACAAAGAGCCUUCUUCUUUUGCAUAAUGAUUUUAUUUUUAGCUGAUGGCUGAAUCUGUCUGGGGUUUAGUCACCUUCUCUCUUUCUUUUUGCUAAUUGUCACUUUCAAGAGAGUGGUUUUCUCUCCUAACAGGGCUUGGGGGAGCCUCUAAAAUCUGCUUCUGUUACUUUUGGUCUCAAGACCCUCCCUGCUAAUGGGUUUUAACCUCCUGCAGACAAUGGUGCGCUUGGAAAAUGAAGGAAGGGCUGGCGUCUCAACCAUUUAGCAACUGGGAAAGAAGAUUAUCGGGCAAUGAGAGGCUUGCUUCUAAGCAAGCAGACAUUGAGGGGCAGUUUGUAAGGGGGCAGGUGUCCAUCUAGAAAAAAGUUGUUUCCAUCUGCUUUAAAGGGAUCUAUAUCGUGCCUCUUUCUACUGAAUUGCAACCAAGGUGGUUUUAUAUAAAACUAGCUGGCCCGGCCACGUGUUGCUGUGGCUCAUCCCUGUGUUUCGCCCCACCCUGUCUCGACCCAUGACCUAUUCCGACCCCUCCUCCCCCCACCCAUGCGAAUCCCCACCUCCAUUUGGCCUAGUCUGUAAAGGCAAGCCGAGGUGCUGUAGAGAGGCAAGGUUUUCUAGCUGCAGUACCAGUGUAGCCGCCGAUAGAGGGUGUUGUUUUGCAACCUCUUCUGGCUUCUUUUCCCCAGCAUGCACUUUUGGGUGAGUUGUAUGUUAUGAAACACGGGGUUUGGGGUUUUUUACCUUGCGCAGGUGUGACAUCCGUCUACGCAAACAGUAUAUGCUUCCUCUCACAGUAGCAUGGGGCGUAGUGUGCAAAUUUGAACGCAAUCGGUCAAGCGGUUUCGGUGAAAAGUGGAAACGUACCCACAUGCCCUUUUUACAUUUAGAGAGAGAGAUGGUGUGCCACUGUGGGACACUCAAACCCCAUGGAAUCAUGCUUUUGCAGCCUAAUCUGCAUUGCAGGGUUGUUGUGAUGGGUAAAAUGGGGCGGGGCAUGGCAGUGGGUGAACAAAAAGCAGCCCAGAUGGAAAUCAGAUGGUUAGAGCAUCUUUGUGACAUGAAAGGCUCCCUGUUUGAAACUCCGGGAAGCUGCUACCUGUCAGUGUAGAGCAGUGGUUCCCAACCUUUUUUCGUGGCUGUGCCCCACCUCAGCAUCUGAGCACCUCAGCAUCCUGAUGUCCCCCCCCCCCAAUGGCAUAUAAUUCUUACUAUUCAAAAAGUCAUUUCCUAUUCACGUGGAGGAAGCCUAAAAGGCCGUUAACUUGGUCUAAACAAGCUUCCGAAAGAACAUGGCAGCCAUGAAAGAGCAAAAUAAAAGAACGAAAGGACAGUUCAAGUACCGAGGGAGAAAUCACCUAAGAAAUUGUUUAAUUAUAAUAAUAAAACAUGAUAUGAAGUGAUAUGAAAAAAAUAGCAGAUAAAGUUUUAAAACAUAUAAUAGAGAACAAAUGCAUAAAUAUAAAAAAAUUUAAUGGAAGCUUUUUCUGUAAUACCUUGAUCAUUUUAAUUGCUGUGCAAUUAAAUAAAGGUACCUAACAAAUUCAAAAUACAUUUUGAUUUUGAUUUUUAAAAUGUGUGUGUCACAAUAUACAGGGUGAUUCAUAAUGAAGUAUAGUUUCCAUUUUGUACUGUAUGCUUCAUUAUGAAUCACUAGAGAGAGAGAGAGAGAGAGAGAGAGAGAGAGGCCCCUAGACCCAUAAGAAAUGCAAAAUAAAAAAAUCACUGUUUAUAACUCAUUCUCGACUUGCCCUGCUUAAAAAUCAAAUUGCCCCCCUGUGGGGCAUGUGCCCAUGUUGGGAACCACGGGUGUCGACAAUACUGAGCUAGAUGAUGCAGGAUAAGGCAACUUCCUAUGCCUCUAGGUGUAUAGCUGUGUUAUUUGCAGCCCACCUUCUCUUCAAGGGAAAGCAAGCCUCUGUCCAUUUCUGGGGAGAGCGUUGCCAUCACACUUCCCCCAAUGGGCACUUGGUUGGCUGCUGCGAGAACGGGAUGCUGGGCUAGAUAAGGCCUCUUGCCUGAUCCAGUCUGGCUGAGCUCUUGACUACAUGCUUCUCCCCACAAACCUUUUGUAUCCUCACAAGAACCCUGCGAGUCAGGCUAGGGCCGGGGUCACCCACUGAGCUUUGGAGAUGAACCUGUGUGUUGUCGUCCCCCCCACAUCCCUCACCUGACACUUUUCCACGCGGGGGCGGGGGGGGGACCUCUUUGACCCUCCACAUCAUCCCUGACCAUUGGACACGCUUGCUAGGGCUGAUGGGAGUUGUGGUUCAGUGUCAUCCAGGGAGCCAAAGCUUUCCGUCCCCCUGCCCUGUAUUCGAUAUACAGUGGAACCUUGGUUUUUGAACGUACUGUAGUCCGUUCCGGAAGACCGUCCGACUUCCAAUACCUUCGAAAACCGAGGAUCAAUGGGCUGGUUGGCAAAAUCCAUUGAAAAGGAUGGGAAAACGUGCCUCGGAAGCCGUUCGACUUCCGAGGCGAGUUCGAAAACGGAAGCAAUUACUUCCGGGUUUGAUUCCGAAUUGUUUGGCUUCCGAGGCACUCAAAAACCGAGGUUCCACUGUACCAGCGUGCAGUGUACCCACAGUUAAAUCCCACUGCAAGCUUUCGCUCAGUGCUUAAAAGGUGCUUCAGAUCCAGGUAUGUUCGACUAUCCUUUUUGUUGUGGGAUGAAGAUAUUCCGUCUAACAGGGAGCCACUGCAGAGAAGGCCCUGUACUUGGUAACCGCUGGCUCCUCCCCCUUCCGGAGGCAGAAGAGCCUGUCACAAGGUGUGGGCCCCUGGGUCUCCUCAAGCUGGCAGGUACAUCCAGGUUGAGGAGGGGGCCCGCUUCAGCAUUUGUGGGGUGGGGGGCUGCGGGGCUCUCCAAAACAGUAACCUCCUUUGUGUACCUGUUUUCAGGAAGAGCAGUAUAAUAGUGGCUGCAGAUGAGAGCACAAUCAGUUGGGGCCCGUCUCCGACCUUUGGAGAACUGGUAAGGAGGGCAGACGCAACUGUUGCGAUAGGCCCACAUCUGGGGGAGGUAAGAAGGAAGGAAGGC